GUAUUAUUAAAUAAUGCAUUGAAACAUAAGUAAAGUAGUUCUCACAAGUCAAUCCCUGAGUUGUCCAAAAAAAAAAAACUCCAUAGUGUUUUUUUCCGGCUUUCUUGCUUUAUGUAUAACAAAUAUGGGGAAGAAGAGGAUCGUGUUCUUUGCUUAUUUGCUCUUAUGCACCAUCUUUAUAAGUUUUAGCUCUGCAGGGAUAACGAAAGGGAGUCCUUUGUCAAUAGGACAAACUCUCAGCUCUUCUAAUGGUGUUUAUGAACUGGGAUUCUUCAGUCCUAAUAACUCCCAAAAUCAGUAUGUCGGAAUCUGGUUCAAGGGUAUCAUUCCCCGGGUGGUUGUGUGGGUGGCCAAUAGAGAAAAUCCUGUUACAGAUUCCACGGCAAAUCUCGCUAUCAGCAGCAAUGGAAAUCUUCUGUUAUUUAAUGGCAAAGAUGGUGUUGCAUGGUCCAGUGGAGAAGCUCUUGCUUCUAACGGGUCUCGUGCAGAGCUUACAGACACCGGAAAUCUUAUUGUCAUAGACAAUUUUUCAGGAAGAACUCUAUGGCAAAGCUUUGACCAUCUUGGUGAUACUAUGCUCCCUCUCUCAACUCUGAAGUAUAACCUCGCCACUGGCGAGAAGCAGGUGUUGAGGUCUUGGAAAAGUUACACUGAUCCAUCGCUUGGCGACUUUGUGCUUCAGAUUACACCGCAAGUGCCAACACAGGUGCUUGUUAUGAGAGGAUCAACGCCUUACUAUAGAAGCGGUCCAUGGGCGAAAACAAGGUUCACGGGGAUACCGCUAAUGGAUGACACAUAUACAGGUCCAGUCAGCCUUCAGCAGGAUACAAAUGGGUCAGGAUCUCUCACUUAUUUAAACGGAAACUUCAAACGUCAACGCACAAUGCUAACAUCAAAGGGCUCACAGGAGCUUUCUUGGCAUAAUGGGACAGACUGGGUAUUGAACUUUGUGGCUCCAGCACACUCAUGUGAUCACUACGGUGUAUGUGGACCUUUUGGGUUAUGUGUGAAGUCCGUUCCUCCAAAAUGCAAGUGUUUCAAAGGGUUUGUUCCUAAAGUCAUCGAGGAGUGGAAAAGAGGAAACUGGACUGGUGGUUGUGUGAGGCGUACCGAACUACAUUGUCAAGGAAACUCUACUGGCAAAGAUGUAAACGUCUUCCAUCAUGUUGCCAGGAUAAAGCCUCCAGACUUUUACGAAUUUGCAAGUUUUGUGAAUGUUGAAGAAUGCCAGAAAAGUUGCCUCCACAAUUGUUCUUGCUUGGCCUUUGCUUAUAUCAAUGGAAUAGGGUGCUUAAUGUGGAACCAAGACCUAAUGGACGCAGUGCAAUUUUCUGCAGGGGGAGAACUUCUCUCCAUUCGUCUGGCACGUUCUGAACUAGGUGGGAAUAAGCGCAAGAAGACCAUUACUGCUAGUAUCGUGAGCCUUUCUCUUUUUGUGAUAAUUGCGUCUGCUGCGUUUGGUUUCUGGAGAUAUAGAGUGAAACAUAACGUUUCAGCUGAUAUAACAAAGGAUGCUUCACAAGUUGCAUGUAGGAAUGAUCUGAAACCACAAGAUGUCUCAGGUUUAAAUUUCUUUGAGAUGAAUACCAUUCAAACUGCCACCAAUAAUUUCAGUAUAUCAAACAAACUCGGACAAGGUGGAUUUGGUUCAGUUUACAAGGGAAAGCUGCCAGAUGGGAAAGAAAUUGCUGUCAAACGGCUUUCUAGUAGCUCGGGCCAGGGCAAUGAAGAGUUCAUGAAUGAAAUAGUACUCAUCUCAAAACUACAACAUAAAAACUUAGUUCGGAUUUUGGGAUGUUGCAUUGAAGGAGAAGAGAAGCUAUUGAUUUAUGAGUUUAUGUUGAACAAAAGCCUUGAUACUUUUCUCUUCGAUUCAAGAAAAAGACUUGAGAUUGACUGGCCAAAGAGAUUUGAUAUCAUUCAAGGUAUUGCGCGUGGAAUUCACUAUCUCCAUCGUGACUCACAUCUCAAGGUUAUUCACCGAGAUCUGAAGGUCAGCAAUAUUCUUCUGGAUGAGAAAAUGAAUCCAAAGAUAUCAGAUUUUGGAUUGGCUCGGAUGUAUCAGGGAACCGAAUAUCAGGACAAUACUCGCAGGGUUGUAGGAACUCUAGGAUAUAUGGCUCCUGAGUAUGCAUGGACUGGGAUGUUCUCUGAAAAGUCCGACAUCUAUAGCUUCGGAGUUCUAAUGUUAGAAAUCAUUAGCGGGGAGAAGAUCUCAAGGUUCAGCUAUGGCAAAGAAGAAAAAAACCUUAUUGCAUAUGCGUGGGAAUCUUGGUGUGAAACUGGAGGAGUUGAUCUUUUGGAUAAAGAUGUGGCUGAUUCAUGUCACCCAUUAGAAGUUGAGAGAUGUGUUCAGAUUGGUUUGCUCUGUGUUCAACACCAACCUGCUGAUAGACCAAACACAAUUGAGUUGCUGUCUAUGCUCUCCACAACAUCAGAUCUUCCAUCACCAAAACAACCCACAUUUGUAGUGCACACUAGAGAUGAUGAAUCAUCGUCUAAGGAUUUGAUCACUGUGAAUGAGUUGACAAAAUCUGUGUUCUUAGGGCGUUGAGAAUUGAUGUUUGAUUAAAACUUUAGAAUUGAUGUAUGUUUAAUUGUUGUGGAAAGGGAUCAAUUUUUGUAUGGUUAUAACUUCACCUUUUAUUCGUUUAGUAAAAGAUUUUUUCGAUA